UAUCGACGCAGGUAAUACAGUGGAGCAAUUCCACGCGCCUAGGUUGCUAUUGAUUUCACUAACACACCAUACACACCGCGUCAGAACAAGACAUGGAGCGCCGUUUAAGAUAUGGAGUGCCGUUUUAACAUUUAUUUUUCCGUUUAAUUAAUGUGGGAAUGCCAGUAUUUUUCACGCAAGCCAAUGUGCUACCUGUUGUCUUAACAAUUAACACCAGCAAGCACAUUACACAAAUAUUCACCAGGUGUAUCCAUCAUACUAUGUACUGUUAUUUUGAUGUAUUUAAUUGCACGUGUUAAUGGCGACUCUAAUUAACAACCCGACAUAAUGCGGACAAUUUUAAUUAAUACUCAAUUCUUGUGAAAUUUGUGUUCACUUUUUGUGGAUAAUUUGUACAAAGGUGGUCUAGAAAAAUUUAGUCCAGAAUGUCCACAGAAGUCAGCGCUGCUCCACGAGUCAUGCCUGUUUUAAAAUCGACUAGUGAUUUGCCUCGAAAAGAGGAGAAGGUUGACGCGAACUCUCUGCACGCUUACCAGAUGUGGUUGAAAGAGAAACAAAUGAGAGAGCAGGAGGAGGAAGAUAAGAAGAUGAAGACAGAGGAGGAAGAUGAUGAUAGCAAUGAGGAAAACUUUCGUGUUGAUGCUGUCCUAGAAAGAGGUCCUUCUCCACCCGAAUCAGAGACAUCCAACACAUAUGAAUGGUCAUAUGAGGAGCAAUUUAAACAAUUGUAUGAAAUUGACGAAGAUCCUGACCGAAAGUCCUUCUUGGACGAGUACUUUGACUUCAUGAAGGGAAGAGGAACACCUGUGAGCCGGAUCCCCAUCAUGGCCAAACAAAUCUUGGAUUUGUUCCAAUUGUACAACUUAGUAGUCAAGCAUGGUGGGUUAGUUCAGGUUAUACGGAACAAACAGUGGAGCAAGAUCACAAAGGGUCUAAAUUUACCUACAUCGAUAACAAGUGCUGCAUUCACACUUCGCACACAGUACCUGAAAUAUCUGUACCCAUACGAGUGCACCCUACACAACUUUUCCACUCCAAAAGAAUUACAAGCAGCCAUAGAUAGCAACAGACGGGAUCGAUUCUCCACACUGUAUCAUGCAGAGCCCACCAUGACAUCCACACGAGAUGACCGGUUUGGUUCCUUCCCUAUAAACGGGUGCGAUUAUCCAGCAACCCAACCGCAUCACCAUCUACCCCAUCCAUCUUUGAGUUCAUCGCAAAUGGAUGUCAGGUAUGGGUUGAAACGACCAAGUGAUGCUAUGAUGGCAAAGUCGUAUGAUAAAUAUGGUAUGGAUAGUCCAAAGGUGAUCGUCCUUCAGGACGGCACACCAUCAAUUGCAGAAAGCCGAUCUGGUAAAAUGUCUCCACCGUCCUUUCAUUCACGACCAAGAUCGCCAUUAAGAGAUAGUGAUAUGAGAACACUAGCAGAAAUAGAAGCCCGAAGAAGAAGUCACCAUUUCUCUUAUGGAGGAAAAGAUUGGGAUGGAGAUGCUAGACAUGUGAUUGAAGAAGAAGCGAGGAGGCGACUAAUGGAUGAUUCUAGAACCAAACCUGGAAUGAUUUGCAAAGACAAGAACUGCAAUGGGAUCGACUGCAAAUACGGCAGAGCAGAGCCACCACCUCACCGUCACAGGCCUCCACAUGACAGUAUGAUGUCAAUGUGCCCGUGUGUGUAUUGUAAAGAUCCUCGAUCCUCCUACUCGCCACCUCGAAGAGAGAACUCGCGACAUCAUAUGGAUGGAGCCAGUGCGACAAGUCACGAUAGUUUGCGAUACAAUAACACGCGUACACCACCAUCGACAGUGUCACAUGGUGAAACAAAUGGUACCAGGGCUACGCCGCAACCUCUUAAAACAGAAAACAAUGAAAACUCGUCUCCAAUGACAACAUUACGAAUGAAACUACCUGACGUAAGAAAGGGCGGAAACUCGAUAAAAAUUUCGCUUGAGGUGGAGGGCGUUAUUUAUGAGGGCGUCAUAAGUGCAAAAGAACCAAUUACUAAUGGUGACGUCGCCCACGCACGAAACAAUAUUGACGCUGAGUAGCUUUAUUGUACAA